CAGGUUCGCUCCCUGCACUCUCGAAAAAACAACUUCUGAUAGUUUGAGAUCACGAGAAGAAAAUUAUGUCCUUUCUGGACUUCAGUAGUAACAUUUGUAAACCCAGAAAUAUAAACCACUCUGAGUGUAAUAGUGAAUAAUAGUGAAUUAUAGUGAAUAAUAGUGAAUUAGGAGGAAUUUCAAUCGGAAAUCUGGCAACCCGACUAAGCAGCAUCAUGGCGUCCAUCACAGACCUGAAAAGCGCCCUGAAGGAGACGUUGGAGGCGCGAGGCGUGCUCUCGCAGCUCAGAGCGAGGAUGAGGGCGGAGGUGUUCAGGGCGUUAGAUGAUCCGAGCGAGCCACGCCCCUCACCGAGCCGAGAGACGCUGCUGAUUAACGAGCUGAUACGCGAGUACCUCAAGUUCCACAAGUACCAUCACACCGAGUCUGUGCUCAUCGCAGAGUCAGGACAGCAGGAUGUUCCUCUGGACCGAACAUUUAUCGCCAACGAACUGAACAUUGUAGAAGAGCCGAGCGCCAGGACACUUCCUCUGCUGUAUGGAGUCAUCUCUCACUUCCUGAAUGAGGACAGAGCAUGAAAGACAGACAGAGCCUGGGACGUCACAUGACAACAGAAGUCACAUGACAACAGAAGUCACAUGACAACAGAAGUCACAUGACAGUGUGAAGUCACAACACCAUUAAAUUAUUAUUGUUUACAUGAUGAAGUGUACCAAAAGCUCCAUGAGUGUGUGAGUCUCAGUGUUUAGAUGUGUUUUAUCUUGCUAUACUUUUCUAAAAAUAAAAUCUUUUUUUAAAUAA